AUGGCUGACAUAAAAACGGGCAUCUUUGCGAAAAAUGUUCAAAAGAGGCUGAACAGGGCACAGGAAAAGGUGCUUCAGAAGCUAGGCAAAGCUGAUGAAACAAAAGAUGAACAAUUUGAAGAAUAUGUUCAGAACUUCAAACGGCAAGAGGCAGAAGGUUCCAGACUUCAAAAAGAACUUCGAGGAUAUUUAGCUGCAAUUAAAGGCAUGCAAGAUGCUUCCAAAAAGCUUACAGAGUCUCUUCAUGAAGUAUAUGAACCUGAUUGGUAUGGCCGGGAUGAUGUGAAAAUGGUUGGUGAGAAAUGUGAUGUGCUUUGGGAAGAUUUUCACCAAAAGCUCGUAGAUGGGUCAUUACUAACUUUGGAUACAUAUUUGGGACAGUUUCCUGAUAUUAAGAAUCGCAUUGCAAAGCGGAGCAGGAAACUAGUAGACUACGAUAGUGCAAGACAUCAUCUGGAAGCUUUGCAAAGUUCAAAAAGAAAAGAUGAAGGGAGAAUUUCUAAGGCAGAAGAAGAGUUUCAGAAAGCACAGAAGGUAUUUGAAGAAUUUAACACUGAUUUGCAAGAAGAACUACCAUCUUUAUGGUCAAGGCGUGUGGGCUUCUAUGUGAACACGUUUAAAAAUAUCUCCAGUCUUGAAGCCAAAUUUCAUAAAGAAAUAGCUUUGCUCUGCCACAAACUUUAUGAGGUGAUAACUAAAUUGGGAGAACAGCAUGCUGACAAGGCCUUCACAAUCCUUGGGGCACCCAGAAAGAGGUGUGAUUCUGGUCCACUCCGCAUUGCAAAAACUCCAUCACCACCAGAAGAGGCUUCCCCACCACUUAGUCCUGAAGCUGAUGCAAAUCAUACAUUGACAACCCCAAGUUCUCCAGCACCUGCACGUCCUAAAUCUCCUUCACAGCUGAGGAAAGGACCUCCUGUCCCACCAUUGCCUAAACUCACACCAGUGGUAGACAUGCAACAAGAAAAUAUCAUCAGUUUAUUUGAUGAUAAUUUUGUCCCAGAAAUAAAUGUAACAACCCCUUCACAGAAUGAAGCUCCUGAUGAUAAAAAAGAAGAAUCUUUGUUAGAUUUGGACUUUGAUCCUUUCAAGCCUGAUAAUGCAUCUACUGUGGUAACCCAUUCUCCAGUGUCUCAGACGCUACCUUGGGAUCUGUGGACGACCAAUAAUGAGGUGGUGCAGCCGCCUGAUUCUCCAAAAAGUCAUUCCCUGUGUAACCUCAUCAUGGAGGAAAAUCCAGACAGUGGGUCAACAGAAGAUCUUAACAAGCCCCAAACUGAUUUAGGUUCACUCAAUGUGGGCCUAGAUCCAGAUUCCCUCAAGGAGGCAGCCAUUGAGGGCCAGGAAAGAACUGCUGGUGAUCCUAUGCCUUUUCUUCAGGCAGAGGAAAAUUCAGCAGAAUUAUCUGAUAUGCUAGCUACUCCUACUUUGCCUGCUGUAGGCGAGCAUGAGGAUGGUGCAUCAUGGACAGCUUAUGCGAAUAAACAUGAAACUACUUUCCUAAAACCCUGCCUGGACAUUAGUCAUAGUGAAGACGAUGGCAUUGACCUGGUGGAGAAUAACCAACUUUUAGUGAGUAAAACUUUGGCUGAGACGUCUUCAGUGAAAACCGACAGCUUUUCGGGUGGCAAGCCAUUUAGUGUGGAAAUGACAAAAGAGGUGAAUCCAGGCUUAGAAGACACUUUCUGGACAAAUACAGAUCCACGUGAAAAGGUAGACACCAGAGGUCCUAACCUCAAGGAGUCCUUCAAUUAA